CCUGCCGCUCUGGGACCAGGCUCCUGUUCUCUUGCCAGGGCCAGAAUCCAUGUCCAGCAGCAGACCCCCACUUGUCCCCCCACCCCAACAGCCGGCCAACCCUGUCACCGCUGCGGAGGCAACGCCAAGGGAGAGGAGACGCUCGGCUGAGGACCCCAGAAAGGAGGAAGGAGCGCGCUCCCUCCCACGGGGAAGACAGAUGUGGGGCUCAUGAAAGGGACGCAGAGAGAGGGGCAGAGCGGGGGCGUGGCGGGGUGAGGGAAGCUCCCGGGAGCGAGCGCACCAGACCACGGGAGGUCCGCCGCGACGGCGGGAGGAAGAGGCGCCGGGGAGAGGGCCCGGGAGGGGGCGUGCAGUUUGGCCCGAGGGUCCCGAGCUGAAACUCAACACCCGCCUUUGGAGGGAUCGUCCUCCUUUCUCCUCCGCCCCUUCCCUUCCCCUCCCUUUUCCCCUCCCUCCUUUCUUUUAAUCCCCAGGACUGCGUCCCGCGCCGGAGCGGAGAGGGCCCGAGGGGAGGAGAAAGGAACUGCCCCGAGAGGGAGCCAGGAGCCCGGGAAGGGGAGGGACGGGGAGCCGCGCGCGCGGGGGCUGAGCCCGAAGGCCACGCGCGACCCCCGGCGCCUUCGCAGCCCCUCAGUGUCCCCCCUCACUCCCCUCCAGGCGAGUCCACGGGACCCUGGCCCCCGCUCCUCCUUCGCCUUCUCUUUGCUGCUUCUUUUGCUUUGUGGCCUUUCUCUCCGUCCCCAGCGCCCCCUGGGAGCUGCCCCGAGGGCCCCCGCCGAGGGUGCGCGUGAGCGGGCCGAGGGGUGGCGGCGCGCGGGUGGGCCCCGGGGCGGCGUGGGGAAGGCCGUCCCGCCCCUUCGGGCCGAGCCCGCGUGCGGGGAGCGAGGUUCCGUCGCGGCGCCCCCCGAGCCCCGGGCGUGCUGAGGGCCAGCGUGCGUGAGUGUGACCCCGCCCGGCCGCCGGGCGUGCGAGGGGCUGGGCCNUGGGCCGAGCGCAGCCACUCGGGCGACGCAGCCCAGCGGCCACGCUCUCGGAGGCCUACGCCGCCAGCCUGGCCUCCUUUCGCCACCUUGGGCGAGUCUGAAAAGGGGCGAACGUCUCAGGGCUCGCUCGCCCCACCCCCUCGCAGCGGGGCCGCCGCAGGGCCCCGGGCCGCCCCGACCACAGCCCUGGGAGCACCGCUCUCCGCCGCGGCCCCCGGGUGCGGAGGGUUGGCCCCUGAACUCGCCCGUCCAGCCCAACCGCCCCGGCGGCUUCUCCCAGCCCUCGGGGCCAUCCUGAGUGGCCUGGCGAGGCGUCGAGGGCGGCCCCAGCUCCCGCCUCCUCUCCUGCCCCGGCCCUGGGAGGGAGCUUCUGACCCAUGCGGACCCGGGGUCCCUCCGCGGCCUAGGGCAGACAGCUCCGGGGGCCUGGCCAACCCCGUGGCCCCUGGGACGGCCCGGAGCGCGCGCCCUUGGAUGAGGUCCCGCAGCGACGCCCCGGCCCGCCCCGCUCCUCCUCCUGCCCGGCCAAGCUGCCUCCCAUUUGGGGAGUUUUGAGGGUUUUCUUUCUCCUCCUCCACCCUCCGCGGAGGCCACGACUCAGGCGCCGCAGCCGGGGGCCGCCUCCAUGGUGCGGGGCGGCCGCUGCUGAAGUCAGCGAAACCGAGCCCGGCCUGGAGCAGGCCGCGCGGGAGUCCAAGGCCAUGGCCAUAGCCACGUCGGCCCAGCUGGCGCGGGCACUCUACGACAACACCGCUGAGUCCCCCCAGGAGCUGUCCUUCCGCCGAGGGGACGUUCUACGGGUACUGCAGAGGGAGGGCGCGGGUGGGCUGGACGGCUGGUGCCUCUGCUCCCUGCACGGCCAGCAGGGCAUUGUGCCCGCCAACAGAGUGAAGCUCCUUCCUGCCGGCCCGGCGCCCCAGCCCAGCCUCACCCAGGUGCCCCCAGCCCAGCCCGGCUCACCAUAUCCAGCCCCAGAGCACAGCAAUGAGGACCAGGAGGUAUAUGUGGUGCCACCCCCAGCUCGGCCCUGUCCUACCUUAGGACCUCCGGCUGGACCCUGCCCGCCGUCCCCUGAUCCCAUCUACAAAGUCCCCAGAGGGAGUGGGACCCAGCCGGCUGCCCCUGGAGACGCCUUGGAGGUCUAUGACGUGCCCCCCACUGCCCUCCGAGUUCCUUCCAGUGGUCCCUAUGACUCCCCUGCCUCCUUCACCCGCCCUCUGGCCCGAGUUGCCCCGCAGCCCCCUGGAGAGGAUGAAACUCCCUAUGACGUGCCUUUGGCCCCAAAGCUGCCAUCAGAGCUGGAACCAGAUCUGGAGUGGGAGGGGGGCCGGGAACCCGAGCCCCCCCUCUAUGCUGCCCCCUCCAACCUGAAACGGGCCUCAGCCCUGCUCAAUCUGUAUGAAGCACCGGAGGAACUGCUAGCAGAUGGGGAAGGUGGAGGCACUGAGGAGGGCAUCUACGAUGUGCCCCUGCUGGGGCCAGAGGAACCCCCUUCUCCUGAGCCCCCAGGAGCCUCAAGCUCCAAAGACCUGGACACCUUGGCCCUACUUCUGGCCAGAAGCCCUCCACUCCCACACAGGCCCCGCUUGCCCUCAGCCGAGAGCCUGUCCCGCCGUCCUCUGCCUGCCCUGCCUGUCUCUGAGGCCCCCAGCCCUUCCCCAGCUCCCUCUCCUGCUACAGGCCGGAAAGGCAGCAUCCAGGACCGACCUCUACCCCCACCCCCACCCCGCCUGCCUGGCUAUGGGGGCCCCAAGGUUGAGGGGGAUCCAGAGGGCGAGGAGGUACAGGACGAUCCGGAAGGACACCACAACGAGUAUGAGGGCAUCCCAAUGGCCGAGGAGUACGACUACGUCCACCUGAAGGGCAUGGAUAAAGCUCAGGGAUCCAGGCCCUUGGAUAAAGCCUCCCCAGGGGAUCCUGAACUGCUGGAGAGGGGGCCGCAGGAGCCGCAGGAGGCCCCGUCCCCGGAGGAGCCGCUGGAUCUGCCCACCGGAGACCUGCAGCUCCUGCACUUCUAUGCCGGCCAGUGCCAGAGCCACUACGCAGCACUGCAGGCGGCCGUCGCGGCCCUGAUGUCCAGCACGCAGGCCAGCCAGCCCCCACGCCUCUUCGUGCCCCAUGGCAAGCGGGUGGUGGUGGCCGCUCACCGCCUGGUGUUUGUUGGGGACACUCUGGGCCGGCUGGCGGCCUCCGCCCCUCUGCGAGCACAGGUCGGGGCUGCGGGUACAGCCCUGGGCCAGGCAUUGCGGGCCACGGUGCUGGCUGUCAAGGGGGCCGCCCUGGGCUACCCGUCCCCCCCUGCGGCCCAAGAGAUGACGCAGCGCGUGGCAGAGCUGGCGGCCCAGGCCUUGCACUUCACCACUCUGCUCUCCAGCCUGGCCCCCUGAGGGGCCCCUCGGCCCUGCUCUGCCCCUCUCCUGCCCUGGCAGAGCCCCCUCUUGGGCCUUGGGCGGCUGGAGGGCUCUGUUUUAGGGACCAGGAGAGCUGGGGGCAUCUUUCCCCUGCCAGUCAUCUCAGUUUCUCACAGAGAUGUCCCUCCCCCUCCUGCAGCUUUUUGUACGAGCCAUUUUGUAUAAAUUAUUUAUAUUUAAUAUUAUUCCCUGUUUUGUCAGGGGCAGGUGCCAGGCCCUUUGGGACAGGGAGGAACUGGACUUUCUUCUCUCAGC